AUGUCGCAGGAUCUCGUCAUCAUCGGCGACGGUGCUUGUGGGAAAACCUCCCUGCUCUCUGUGUUCACGCUGGGAUAUUUCCCUACCCAUUACGUCCCAACAGUAUUCGAGAACUACGUAACAGAUUGUCGCGUGGACGGGCGAAGCGUGCAGCUGGCUCUGUGGGAUACGGCUGGCCAAGAAGAUUACGAAAGACUACGACCGCUUGCAUAUUCGAGAGCUCACGUCAUCUUGAUUGGCUUCUCAGUCGAUAGUCCGGAUUCAUUGGAGAAUGUGCAGCAUAAGUGGGUAGAAGAAGCCAGAGAACGAUGUCCCGAUAUUCCUAUCAUACUGGUCGGUCUGAAGAAAGAUCUAAGGGAAGAUCCGCUUGCUGUGGAGGAGAUGAGGAAGAAGAGCCAGAAAUUUGUCUCGGCAAAAGAUGGAGAGAACAUGGCUCAGAUGUGUGGAGCCAGGAAGUACUUGGAAUGCUCGAGUCUGACAGGUGAGGGAGUGGAUGAUGUGUUUGAAGCAGCAACGAGAGCAGCCCUCCUGAAGUUCGACAAGGGCAACGGUUCUGGAGGUGGUUGCUGUGUGAUCUUAUAA